AUAGGCCUGGAGUCUGAUGUCUGAAUUGGAAGUCUUUGAAAAAUGAAACAUUUCGUCAAAAACAAAAUUAUGGGCCAUUUCCGAAGCUCAGAGCAGCACAGAAAAGAUGCGGGCCAGGGCAGCCAAACAGAUCAUUCCCACGACAGUCAGGCCGAAGUGGGUCCACACCCACGUCCUGCUGCCCAGAGAUCGUGUCCUGGCAGCUUGAAUGUACCCGAGCAUAUGUACGUGCUGAAGAACUGCGAUCGAUGUCAGGAUUACAAGGUGCAGCCCUGCAACUGGAAUUGCAAGUGUCGCAGAAGAGCAACUCACUGCACAGGUCAGUGCGACAUUUCGUAUGAGGAUAAAUCGCCAACGAAUUCCCAGGAGAGCAUUCCAGAGGCGGUGACCCCACGGACCAAGUCGUCUGAAUCCUCAAAGUCCCAACUGGACCUCGCCUCACAGCGUCGAGUGGGCGGCAACUGUGCCAUAUGCCAGUUUUGUGGCCAGGCGGAGAUUCGCCAGCCGGGCCAGAGUAUGUGUCCGCAGUGCAAUGAGAAGAUCCAGGCAGCCGUGGACAACUACCAUGUGCAGUGCCAAGGACAAUGCCAACCGAUAGCGGGACAACCGUGUCCCUAUCAACAGGAUCACCACCACUCGCAGCCACAACAACAGCCAACUGGUCAGUGGCACCAGUUGAGUGGAAACCCAUAUGAACAUGGUCAGCAGCAUCAGCCAACUGGUCAGUGGCAACAGUUGAGUGGAAAUCCAUAUGAAAACGGUCAGCAGCAUCAGCCAACUGGACAGUGGCAACAGUUGAGUGGAAACCCAUAUGAACAUGGUCAACAGCAACCGGGAGAUCAGCCCUUCAACAUAAUUGUGCUGCAGGAUUGCAACAAUCACUCGCUGAUCGAUCAGCUAACGGCUGCCAUAAGUCGCGGUGGAGGUCAAGUGCAUGUGCCAACGGAGGCUCCUAGCACCUAUCCCAACAACCAACCCAGUAACUAUCAAGGUAACCCACUAGCUGGCUACAUAGACUACGAGUACGUGGACCCGAAUCGCAAGGAAUAUGCCUACGAACCGGAAAGGGAAGAUCGCUACGACUACGGAUAUGAAGUGGGUCCUUGGCGCCAGGAUGCCUACUACCAACGAGAUGGCUACGAAGACGACGGGUAUCAGAACUACGCGCCAUGCAACAGCUACGAUUGUCCCUCCAAACACAGUACCAACACGAAACCAGAAUCCACAAGCCUCGAUAACUCGAAUCAAACUAGAAACCAGUCAGCCGAUUAUGGUCAAUCACAGGGUUGCACAUGCAACUGCCAGUAUUGCCGCAAGGCCUUCGAGACCAAGGAUAAGCUGGCUCUGCUUAUUGCCGAGGCACUGGAGAUCUUCAUCAGUCACAAUAGCGCCAAGGCGGAAAAGGUGAAUUACCAUGAGCAGAGUCACAAGAAUGAGUUGCUCAAAAAUGCAGAUCCAAAGCCCAAGGCAAAGAAAAAGAAGGCUAGAAAAAGUAUAAAUUCGGAGCCCGGCGAAAUGACUCCAAACAAGUCCAAGCAGGAAAGUCCAGAAACUCCCAAGUCCAACAAGGAGAGUCAAUUGGAAUCGGCAAAGAGUAGUAAGGGAAAAAUCAGUUCGCAAUCCACGCCAAGUACCAAAACGAUUUCCAUGCAAAGUUCCGGUCCCAAAAUUGCGAAAUAUUUGGGCAACCAAGUCAAGGUGCCAUCGAACCAAAACGAUACCGGCCACGAUGCAGAUAGUUUGGGUUCCCAAAACAAGACGCCUUCGUUUUUCCUGCCCAACUGCGAGGAGCAUCGCUGCAAGCACGAUUGCACUGGGAUGUGUUCGCGAAAGCCGCAUGAUUGCGAACGCGGUUGCAAGUCCAGAUGCCGCGGUCCCUGCUCCAAGUCAGGCGGCGGAGAUGGACGCAGUCGCCGCAAGGCAUCGGGAAAGCGACAGCGAUCCAAUCAAAGACACUCCCGCUGCCAUCAGUGCAACCAGGCUGGUGAGGGUCGCCAGUGGCAGGAAGUGGAGGCCAACGACUGUCCGGCAGGCACCACAAAGACGGGCAAUCGAAAUGCCGGAGGCAGUGCCCUCUUGGGACUCAGUCCCAUUGCCCACUAUCGACCCGGAAUGCUGCAGUUUCCCGUGAAUUACCUGCUGGCGGGCACCAACUUCCGGCGCCGACUCGUUCGCACCGCCGCCGGCGUAACGCUGCACCAGAAGCCCUACGUGGACAAGGCCGAUGCCCAGGAUCUGCCCAGCUUUCCGUGCUGCAGGCGGAGGAGCAGCAGUCCAGCAGCAGACCAAAGUCGAGCAGCCGUUAGAAAGUGGCUCUGAGCUGCGGAACGCGUCGCCGAAAUAUAUGCAUUGUUGAGCAUCGAAGGACCUACAGGGUAUCCUUCGGUCCAUACAGUGCAUACGCUCGCGCAGUCGCGUGGUGGCUUAUAGUUUUCUCUAUCCAAAUUCCCAAGUAUUUCCCUUUCGCCUAGGCAAUAUUUUCCGAGAGCAAUAAACCAGCUAACCAACCAAA